AUGCAAGAAUUUUAAUCAUUAAAAAAACUCAUUGAACAAAAAAAAUCGAAAGAAGGCAAUUUCACAACUAUUUAAGAUUAAAGGGCAAAAGUCGAAUAAGAAAGACAAAAAUUAUUAUAGGAUUAAAGAGAAAGGGAAAGAGAAAAGCAUGAAAAGUUAGUUAAGAAACUCAAAUUAUAAGAUGAAUAUUAUAAAACAAAAGAAAUUGAAAAGAUCACAAUAAAAAGACUAGACCAAUAAUGCAUUAACUUAGAAAAAGAUAAAAUUUAAUAAGAUGAAAUCUAAAUGUCUUAAGAUCUCCCUCCCAUUGAGAAAAAGGAAGUACAAAAAAGACUUAGAGAUUUGGGAGAGCCAAUUACUUAUUUUGGAGAGAGUGACUGGUAGAGAUACAAGAGAUUAAUGGAAUUUGUUUAAGAAAAGAAAGAAAAUAAACAAAAGGAAUUAGAAAUCAAAAUUUUAGAAGGAGAAGAUAAAGAGGAAAUAAAGGCAUUUCUUAAUAAGAUAAAGGAGAGAAACCUAGACCCAAGCACCGCACUUGUUCCUGUAUUCCAAUGCAAGGGAAAGGAAGAAAUUGAAUCACAAUUAUGGGAUGGAGUAUCACUUUUGACGAGAUGUGAAGAUGUCUAUAUGUGGUGUAAGAAAAUGUUGAGAGAAUGGAACAUAAAGUUGUUGGAUAAAUUUAAUACAGAAACCCUUAAGAGGAGCUUAGAAGGAUCUCAAGCAUUUAAUUCAUACAAAUAAACUCUUGAUUACAUCAAACCACUAACUGAUUAAUUGCACAAGGCAAAAAUGGUUCAGUCAAUUAAUGAAGAGAUCUUGAAUGCACUAUAUCUUAUUAUUCGAUUUUGUGUCUACAAAGAAUAUGUAAGAGCAUAUGAUAAAUACCUGGAAUUGGCAAUUGGAAAUGCUCCAUGGCCUAUGGGUGUGACAAUGGUUGGUAUUCAUGAAAGGACUGGAAGAUCAAAGAUCUCAAGCUCACAAAUAGCUCACAUCUUAAAUGAUGAAACUCAGAGAAAAUAUAUUUAAGCAAUAAAGAGAUUAAUCACAGUUUCAUAAGUGUCAUAUCCUAGUAGUGACCGCAGCAAAAUGGUCGAUUUUAGAACAGAGUAUACUUGGUGAUAUGAAUACAUUAAUCAACAAUAUAAAUUUAUCGUAAAAUAUUAAUUAAA